CCCACGUUAAGGUAAUACCUAACCGAACGUCGCUCGUUUUUUUGUUCCUCCUCCUACUCAAGUGUAUUUUCGAUUACACCUCCAUCGAUCGCCCUUGAUUUCCCGUCCAAGUCCAGUCCGUUGCCAUGAGGAUAGGUGACCUCCUCCGGCUCCCCGUCCUCCUGGCGGCGGCCGCCCUCCCGCCGACCAGUCUCGCCGAACACACCAGCAACUGGGCCGUCCUGGUCGGCACGUCGCGCUUCUGGUUCAACUACCGCCACAUGUCCAACGUGCUGUCCAUCUACCGCACGGUCAAGAGGCUGGGCAUCCCCGACUCGCAGAUCAUCCUCAUGCUCCCCGACGACAUGGCCUGCAACCCGCGCAACGCCUUCCCGGGAACGGUGUACAGCAACUCGGACCGCGCCGUCGACCUGUACGGCGACAACAUCGAGGUCGACUACCGCGGCUACGAGGUCACCGUCGAGAAUUUUAUUCGUCUGUUGACCGACCGCGUCGGCGCCGAGAUGCCGCGGAGCAAGCGGCUGCUGACCGACGACCGGAGCAACAUCCUCAUCUACAUGACCGGGCACGGCGGCAACGAGUUUCUGAAGUUCCAGGACGCCGAGGAGAUUGGUGCGUUUGAUUUGGCGGAUGCCUUUGAGCAGAUGUGGGAGAAGAAGAGGUACCACGAAAUCCUCUUCAUGAUCGACACGUGCCAAGCGAACACGAUGUACAGCAAGCUCUAUUCCCCCAACAUCAUCGCCACCGGCUCCUCCAAGCUCGACCAGUCCUCCUAUUCCCACCACGCCGACCAGGACGUGGGCGUGGCCGUGAUCGACCGCUUCACCUACUACAACCUCGAGUUCCUCGAGAACCAAGUGCAGGACAUGAGCAGCAAGAAGACCCUCGGCGAGCUCUUCGACAGCUACGACUACGAGAAGAUCCACUCCAACCCGGGCGUGCGCUACGACCUGUUCCCGGGCGGCGAGGAGGCCGCGCGCAGCCGUCGCAUCACCGAUUUCUUCGGAAACGUGCAGAACGUCGAGGUCGACCGCGUCAAGAGCCUCGCGCUGGACGAGGAGCUGCUGGAGCUGAGCCGGACGAUCGCGGCUCUGCGGCGGAAGGCGGAUGAGGAGGACGCGGCCGCGGCGGAAGCGGAAGCGGCCCUGCGGAAUGCGACGGUCGCCGCUGCGAACGAGGGACGACCGCCGCCGCGGACCGAGAUGAGGAGGGUGCAGCUUGCUAAGCCUCUGACGGAAGAGAACUGGUGGACUAGGAAGAUUGUGGGUGCCACGGCCCUGGCUGGCUGUGCGGCUCUCUGGCUUUUGGGGUCUUAUUUCGAGCCUGGGAGGAAACGGGAUGGGCUGGUUGGGAGGAGUAAAGAGGCUGUGGUUGAUGGGACAGCCAAGUCUGGACCAUAGGGACAGGAGCAUAUAAACUAUAGGGGCUAUCAGGGGCGCAUUCUAUUUCGUUGAAGGGAGUUGGGCAACGUCUGGUCCUACGAAGUAGGAUACCUAAGGUAUACACUACAGUACGGCGUACGGAGUAUUAAGGUAGUGUACGUUGUACACUACCGUACCAGGUACCGAUGUUUAUCCGAUUGACUUCUAAGAAUUACCUUAUUAAUUAGGUACAUUCGCACUUACACUGGA